GAAAAACAGAAAAUUUUAUUGUGAGCAAGCUGCGAAAAUUGUUUAUAAAAUACUAAAUUGUUAAAUAAAAGCUAGAUAAUUUGUGAAUUAACAUGUAUCAUCAACGUUACAAUAAUUUGGCAUAAUUGAGUGUACAAUUAGCGCAUCGAAUAUGAUGGAAAUUCCGAUACAAGUUGCUGUCCGUAUCUACCCCUGCUUACCACCGGCUGUAACGACACCGCUACUAUCAGCUGGCAAUGUUGUAGAUACGCAAUCCAUUUUAGGGGCUGAUGAACAUUCGCAAAUAACAACGCAAAAAGAUGACAAUGGGAAUUUUAAUGCUAAUGAAAAUGCUAGAGAUAAUGGUCCCAUAAACAUGCAAAAUGAACCUACUAGAGCUGAGGCCAACAUUUAUGUGCAAGCCAUUCCAAUGACUGCGCCGGGAUUUCUAAACACCGCACCCACUGCUUUGCCUGGUCAAAUGGAUAACGGCAUUGCCGCUGGUUUAAUGCAAGUAGGACCGCAUUCAUUUCCCGUGACUCAUGCUCUAUCUAUGGAUUGCACACAAAGUCAAAUUUACCAUCAGACUGUAUUUCCUCUGAUUAGUUUGUUUAUGGAAGGAUUCGAUGCCUCUGUAGUAACAUAUGGGCAAAGAGGAACUGGUAAAACGUACACACUUUACGGACCUGGUUUGGAUUGUGUGUAUAGUGAGUCCGAACAGGGCGUGGUGCAAAGAUGUGUACGCGAAAUAUUUUCCCAUAUGGCCAACCAUCCAGAACGUACUUACGCUAUAAAUAUCGGUUGGGUGGAGAUAACCGACGAUGCUAUUCAUGAUUUAUUGGGUGUGGGCAAUGUUCAUUGCAAUAGUAUAACGGAUGUUUUUCAUUGGUUACAAAUUGGCUUGAAUGCCAAGCAGUCUUCUAACAAUAACAGUAACGACGAUUUAUCUAUAAGCCAUACACUUUUUACGCUUACACUCGAACAACAAUGGGUUUCAAAAGAAGGUCUCAUACAACACCGUCUUUCAACGGCUAGUUUCUCCGAUUUAUGUGGCACUGAUCGUGUAUUCAUGCUGAAUGCAUUAGAUCAAACGGCAAGCUUACCUAAGGAUGUGGGUUUGCAAACAUUGGAGCGGGUAGUAAACACACUUACUGAUCCAGCACUCAUGUAUGGUUCUAAUGGCAAUAUACCUUAUAAUCAAACCACAUUGACUACAUUAUUGAAAGACUCAUUUGGUGGCCGCGCACAAACUUUACUUAUUUUAUGUGUUUCGCCACUGGAGCGAGAUUGCAAUGAAACAAUCUGCAAUUUACAAUUUGCCUUCAAAGUACAAUGUGUCAGAAAUUAUGUUAUUAUGAACACAUUUUCGGACGAUAACACACCCAUUUCUCCCGAAGCAAUAAUGCCCGAAUUGCCUGGAGGCGGUGGUCCUGGUAUACCAGUGGGAGCAGAUACAUUCGGAUUACAGUUUGCUGCAAGUCAGUGGUACAAAUUGGUAUCCAAUGCCGAAGGGUUGUUCUCAAAAUUGGCUGCUUCAAAUGCUGUGACUGAGUUGGACAAAGAACAAAUUGAGGAGUGGCUUUUUCUCAAGCAAGAAUGUGAGGAAUGUUUAAGCUCUGCUGAAGCUAUACGCCCACAGAAACAACUAGGACCCAUACAAGAGACCGAAGAGCCUGAAGAGGUUGUUAGCGAUCCCGAAACCUCAUUUCAACAGAAUUCGGAUAAUGAAUCGGACUGUGAGUCACAACGACCUGAUUUGAUGGAAAAAUUAGAAACGCUUAUGGAAGAGCUACGCAUAAAAACAGAUACUUUAAUAGAAGAGAAAUAUAAAGAAUUUAUACAAAACCAACCAAAAGCUGUAAUGGAAAGUCAGGAGAGCGCAAGACGAAAGGAAUCUGCUCAGAGCUUAGAGUUAGUGUUGAGCGAACAACGCCAACCUAGUGAAAAAUUAGAUGAACGCAAGCCAUCAAUGGGAGGUCGACGUAGAUCGAUACAGCCCGGAGCCACUCUAUCAAGUGCUGAGAUCGCAAUGCUCAACCGCGUGGCGUCGCGUGAACAGACAGCACCAAAAGCAUCUGACGACUUUCUUGAGAGUUCAGGUAACCUGCAGAAUGCAGCACAAUUACGCGCUGCAAUUAAUUCGCCGCUGGAAAACGUACAAAAGAAAUUGCGGAAAUUGGUCACAGAUAUCGAAGCGCGCCAACGGCAAAUAGAGGAAGUAGAACAAACAAUGCAGUUGAAACAGAAUAUUAUAACGGAACUGGUGAAAAAUAGUGACACACGCUCCACAGCCAAACAACGUUUCCAUAAGAAGAAAUCCAAACUUGAGUCUGAGUAUGAAAAGACUAAAAAACAGUUGGCUAAAGCCAUAGUCCAGGGUAAGGAUAAAUCUGAGAUCGAACGCUUGCGCGCAUUAAUCGCACAUAUAGAACAGCGGUUGCAAGAUCUCGCCUCAAUGAAGCAUAUCGCCGGCGAGAGUGGACAAAAGGUAAAGAAAUUACAACAAUCUCUGCAUGAAUCCAAAAAACUCAUCGACGAGCUGCAAAAGAAAUUAAAGAAAGAUCGUAAACAACGUGAACAGUUAGAGCACGAGUUGAAAAUGCUCAAAGAGAAAGAAAACACGCAGAGCGCCAACAGCAAAGCGCUUGUGAAGCUAGAUGGCAACUUGAAUACAGUCGAAGAUGCUGAGCGGGGUAAGAAUCUGAAAGAGGUGCAAGCAAGAAUCUCGCAUUUAGAUCAUGUGUUACGUGAGAAAUCGGAGAAUUUGGAACAGUAUGGCGACAAUGCCGAAGGCACAGGUGAAAAGGAGGGUCUGCGACAUGAAAUACGCAAUUUGCGACGCACACGUGACCACCUACUCGAACAACGCUGCGCGCUCGAUCGUAAAUUAAAGCGCGACAAAGUGCUAUCACAACGCGAGGAGCGAAAGCUACUCGAAUGCGAUGAGGCUAUCGAAGCCAUCGAUGCGGCAAUUGAAUUCAAGAAUGAACUUAUCUGCGGCCACAAAUCCAUCGAUACCAGCGAACGCUUGCAACGUGAGAAAGGCGAACAGAUGCUCAUGGCGCGUCUUAAUAAACUCUCGCAGGAAGAAAUGCGCACGCUGUUAUAUAAGUAUUUCAUAAAGGUAAUAGAUUUGCGCGACUCUUCGCGUCAGCUGGAAGUGCAGUUAAUGCAGUUGGAACGCGAACGCGAUGCUUGGGAGUGGAAGGAACGUGUGCUUUCGAAUGCAGUGCGGCAGGCGCGUCUCGAGGGUGAACGUAAUGCUAUACUAUUGCAGCGACAACAUGAAAUGAAGCUCACAUUAAUGUUACGUCAUCUCGCUGAAGAGACCUCUGCCUCGGCAUCGGCUAGUUCGUUGAAUUUCAGUGAUGCACAACAACAGCAACAACAACGUUACUUGCGUCCUACACACCUUGCGCUAGCCCAUCAACAACAGCUGCACACAGCUGGCGGCGCUAUUAACACAACAUCGCCAUACUCUGAUUCUGAUCUCGAGCUAGAAUUUUACAAGCCCACCGUACCAGUGAGUGGUAAAAUUUUGAAGCCACCUAAACAUGGUGAAAUGGAAAUAUGUCCGCUACCCGAUGCUCUGGCCAAAUAUAAGCCCUUGGAAAAAUUCAAAGAAAAGGAACGCGAGUCUAAGAACAAACUAUUUGCCAAAUUUCAAGUGCUCACACGUUAUGCCGGUCAGUCGGUGACUGCCGCAGCGGCUGGCUGUGCUGCUGACGAGCAGACUGGCGGUAGCAGUAGCCGUAAGAAGGAUAAGGAUCAAUUAGCAGCGGCCAUACCGCAAGAGAACUUAAAACGCUUAAUAUCAACACCUCCCGCCACGAAAGUGACGCGUCAGAAAAAUAAGAUUAUAAUACAGGAUGCAACACGCAAAAAUUAGUAAACAUUGAAGUAUGUUAUUUACUUUUAUAUCUCAAUAUACGUGCAUACAAAUAUACAUAUACACAUAUAGGGCUGAGUAGAGAGCAGGUAAGAAGUAUAUACAAAUAGUUGUAACAAUUAUUUACUACAGCUAUCGAUUUUAUCAUGAUCAUGUAUAAAGUUGUAUUAUCUAAACACAUGUUAACUAUAUGUUUUUUGGUAGCUAUCGAUAAACUUUUCGGUUGUCACAAAUGCGAUAUAAAUCACGUAAAUAUUCCUAUGUGCCAGGUGCUUUUGCACUUGUUAAUAAUUUAAUUAUUUGUUUAAAAUAUAUGUAUUAUUCGACUAGUAUAAAGCAUAUGGUAUGUGCUAUAGGCGAAAUAAACUUCAGGUACUUUUAAAAUAUUAC